AUGCGAUCGCCAAUGAACCUAAAUUUGGGUAAAAGAGCUUUCAGCAGGGACAAAGUCUACAUUGACAGGCUCGCAGUUCAAGCCAAUAUAGGACCUGACUGCUGGAAUCGGAAAGUGCCGCAGAACUGCCAAGUGUCCCUGGAAUUGGAAACCGACUUUACUAAAGCCUCACAAUCUGAUGAGUUGCAAUACUCGUUGAACUACGCAGUGAUAUCAAAAGACGUUGCGCAAUAUGUGGAUUCCAGGAAAGACUUUAGAUCACUGGGCAACCUAUCGCAACAAUUGAUUCGUUAUGUCAAGGAGAAGUACAAGGGAAUUGAACGCGCGGCAUUGACGGUCAAUGCUCCAGAGGCCCAUAUUCGGUGUCAAAAUGUCGCCCUCACAUUGCGUGCACCCAUGGACAAUGAAAAACCCGAUCGACUGGUGAUAUCGGGCCUGAAACUUUUAACUUUAAUUGGGGUGUUUACCUUUGAGCGGUUGCAGAAACAGUAUGUUACCGUUGAUAUUGAGAUGCCAUGGAGCGCCCAAAAUGGGUCUGAGAUUCAUUAUCAGAAAACAAUUGACGAGGUCUGUGAGUAUGUGGAGAGCUCUAAUUUCAAGACAGUUGAAGCACUAGUUGAAUGCGUUACUCAGGUCACCAUGAACAAUCCUUUUUUCGAAGCGAAUCCUGACGCUUUUGUUACCGUUAAAGUCAUCAAACUGAAUGCCAUCACUGCCACGAAGGGAGUAGGGGUUAGUUGUACUCGCAUGGCCAAGGACUUCCUAGGAAAGGGCCCUAUGGUUGUGGUUAAGGCUCUUGAAACUUCCAAAAGUUUUGAUUUGCCAGUGGCCUCAAAAACCCCAGUCAUCCCAGGCAAAAGUAGUACCGCUUUUCUAGCAUUUGGGUCCAACGUCGGUGAUCGGCUAUCCAACAUCCAGUACGCGAUUGAUCUUUUGGCAGCACAUCCUGAAGUUGAGGUUCGACAAGUGUCCUCCAUAUUUGAAAGUGAGCCAAUGUAUUUCCAAGAUCAGCGUCUAUUUUUGAAUGGAUGCAUAGAGGUUGAAACACAGCUGAUACCACGAGAGCUACUAGAACUUUGUAAACAAAUCGAGUACGAAGAAUUAAAGAGAGUCAAAGAAUUUGAUAAUGGGCCUAGGAGUAUUGACCUGGACAUUAUAUUUUACAAGAACGGCGAUGGUGAUCAUAUAGUGCUCACUACUGAAGAUCUAGUCAUUCCACACCCUAGGCUCCUCGAGCGGACAUUUGUGAUGGAACCUCUAUGUGAAUUGAUUUCACAUGAUGAGGUUCACCCUGUCACUGCGGAACCGGUUUUUGUCCACCUGAAUCAGGUGUAUGACCAAGAAAGGGACGCUGAUAUAUUGUGGAAAGUUAUCCCACUACCUCAGGUUGACGGGAAAGAUCGGUUCCUCAAGUUCAAGAACAAGCCGAAAUCGGGUAUCACAGCCAACUCAGAUGUUCCAGUGAGCGACACCAUUUCCCCGACUCUGACCAUGGGCAUUUUAAAUACGACACCAGACUCAUUCUCAGAUGGCGGCUGCUUCAAUGAUAAUCUUGAUUUGCAACUGUCGAGGGUUAAAUCCAUAGUUCAAGAGGUACUGAAUUUGAGCAAGCAAGUGAUUAUCGAUAUUGGUGGCUGUUCCACACGUCCAAAUUCGAAACAAGCAACCUUGCAACAGGAAAUCGAGAGAACUAUCCCACUGUUACGUGCGAUCCGCGCGUGCAGCUCACUUCCACAAUCUCAAAUGGUACUCUCAAUUGAUACAUAUCGGUCUGAAGUCGCACAGCUCGCGAUUGAGGCCGGCGUGGAUGUUAUCAAUGAUAUUUCAGGAGGAAAGUUCGACCCGAAGAUACUCUCCGUUGUCGCAAAGAACCCUAACGUUGCUUACGCGAUGUCUCAUAUCCGAGGCAGUAUUCACAACAUGAACGAAAAGACAAAUUAUGACGAAGGUUUUGAAUCAGACGACGUGAGAGAACGAUGUGGUGGUUUAGAAUUUCCGGAAGGAAAAGCACCGCUUAUUCGAGUACUUGGCAGGGAGCUUGCCUCUCAAUAUACCACAGCAGUAGGGUUUGGGGUGAAACGCUGGCAAAUUUUACUGGAUCCUGGGAUCGGGUUUGCAAAACACUCGGCCCAAAAUUUGGAGAUUAUCAGAAACUUAGGGAUUUUGAAAAACUACAGUAUGCAAACGAAUUCAACGUUCGUAAACUUUCGAAACAUCCCUGUGCUGGUGGGACCAUCCAGGAAGAAGUUUAUAGGACACAUUACUGGGGAUACCAAAAAUGCUUCGGAUCGAGAUUUCGUCACCGGAGCUGUGGCCAGCGCAUGUGUGGGAUACGGUGCUGACAUUGUUCGGGUACAUGACACAGCUAACUGUGUUAAGAGCAUAAAAAUGGCCGAUGCACUAUACAGAUCGCUAUAG